UCUCUCUCUCUCUCUUUCUUUCUCUCUUUAAAAAGACCGUCGUUUCUCUUUUAUUUUCCUCUUCCGCCAUUUAUUAUCUCUUUUUUCGGUCGUUCCUUUCUUCCGCUUGAAAAACCAACAACACUCACUCACUCACUCACUUACCUACUCACCACAGUUUCGUUGAAAAGUCAUGGAACACGACCUCGAAACUCUGGAACACCAAACGGCCCCAGAGAGCACCCGCGGUCUGUUUGACCCUCCAGAACAGAACCCACCGCCACCCAUGUCGACUCAGAGUGCCGAUAAGCGUCGUUCGUUUCACGUCCUUGGCCCGGUCGACAAUGCUCGGUCGAGACAACAGCAACAAGCACACAACCACAACCACCACCAACGUGGCCAUCAGCGUAGCAAGUCCGCUAUCACGUCCGAUAUGCUGCCCAAUCAGAACGGUAGCCGUCGGAAUACAAACUUUGGGUUACAUACCUUGGCGGAGGAGGAGGAUGGUUACCAGAGGAGAAGGCAGCAACAGCAGCAGCAACAACAACAACAGGACGACCAAGCCAUCACUGUUGAUUCACUCCAGGACAUGAUCAAUACCCUUAAAACACUGCCAUCCAGCAGCACAUCGGCCAUUGCCGCUGCCAUCAGCAACAGCAGCAGCAGCAACAUCAACAGUAACGGCAGCAGGGACGAGAGCAACACACCUGGAAGUCGUAGAAACAGUCGGAAGCAUCAAUCACUUAAUAAUUUCGGACUUCCGCAAGGCGCUAGACGCCUGUCGUACAACGGUUCGACGAGCAGCAGCAGCAACACCAGCUAUCGUAACAGCAGCAACGGAGGAAUUGAUAUCCAGUCGGUUCUACCCAUCCCCUCGGCCGAGGAAAAGGCCGAUCGUCGUCGCAGCAGUGCCAUGCGCAUGCGUGCCAGCAGCAUCAGCGAGCAGGAUGAGGACACUAGCAGCUUUGUUUCACGCGAGGCAGCAUUGGCAGAGGCAGAGGCUAAGCUUAUGGGAACCUACAAAAAACAGCCCGAAAUGAUGAAUGAAAUUGAUGCCUCACAGUCUGUGCCCAAUUCCAGAAGACAAUCGUCCCGUAGCUCUACCACACUGAGCGAAAGACCUGCCGGUCGCCGUUAUUCCGAGUCGUCCGGCAGUGGCAACGGAGGAUUCGAUCUCAAUGUCACUGCCAGCACGAGCGCCAGUAAGCGUGUUUCUUUGCAGUUGCCUACGUUGAAUGAGAAUGAGCCUGCUGGUGAAAGAGCCAACCGUCGCAUCACUUUUAACAAGCCCCUCAAUCUCGGCAACGAUACCAACAAGGCCAUGGGCCACAACCGACGAUCUUCGCGCAACUUUACGGAUGAUUGGAGAAACAGCGCUCCAUCACCCGGUCUGCCCUACUCGCCUCGUUCGUCGACCUAUCGCAACUCAUUCAACUUGGUGCCAUUCACCCCAACCCGUGUCAACUUUGCUCGGGACGACGCCAACCCGCACCAACGACGCCCAUUGUUCAUUGCACACCUUCCAUUCUCUGCCCUGACGCCCUUAUUUCGUGCCCGUCAGCUGGUGCGUGGCAUGCUGCGUGUCAACAAGCGCAACCGCAGCGACGCCUAUGUCUCGUGUGAAGAUCUGGAUGCUGAUAUCUAUGUGUGUGGCUCGCGCGACCGUAACCGUGCAUUGGAGGGCGAUGUUGUUGCCAUCCGUCUCGUCGAUGUUGAAAAGGUGCUUCGCGAGAAGAAGGAGAAGGAGGAAGCCAAGCUGGCUCGCAACGGUGGACAGGUCAAGAUGCGCCAACCUGACGAAGAAGAUGAAAAUGAGAUCAUUUUUGGCGGCGACGACGACGUUGACACGGUCAAGCCAAAGUACUGCGGUGUCGUCGUGGCCAUCCUUGAACGUGCGCAGAACCAAGUGUUUUCUGGCACGCUCACACUCAUGCGCCCCAACAACAAGCGCGCCCAGGAGGAAAAAGCUGCCGAGGAAGCCCAAAAGGCAGAAACAGGCCAGACGCCUAUCAGGGAAGCACCCCGCAUUGUCUGGUUCAAGGCUACCGACAAGCGCGUGCCCUUGAUUGCCAUUCCCAUCGAACAGGCACCGGCCGACUUUGUUGACAGCAGCGAGACCUAUUCAAACCGUCUGUUUGUGGGCUCCAUUAAACGAUGGCCUAUCACAUCGUUGCAUCCAUUCGGUACCUUGGAGCGCGAACUCGGCGCUAUCGAGGACUUGGAUAUCCAGACCAAGGCCAUUCUUGCCGACAACAACGUGACCGACACCGAGUUUUCUGAAGCAGUCAACGGCUGCUUGCCUGCGAUUCCGUACCAGAUCGAAGCAGAGACCUUGGAGAAGCGUCGUGAGAUGAAGGAUGUGAGAGUGUUCACUUUGGAAGCUGCAAAUGCCGAGGUGCUCGAUAACGCCUUCUCCAUUCAAAAGCUGGGCGACGAUACAUACGAAGUGGGUGUCCACGUAAGCGACGUGACCCAUUUCAUCAAGGCACAUUCGCCUUUAGACAAGGAGGCCCGUGCGCGUGCUGUGCGUGUCGAACUGGUUCACAAGUCUGUUCCUAUUCUUCCCCGCGAACUGACUGAACAAAUUACCAACCUGAUUCCCAACGAGCCAAGACUUACUUUCUCCGUCGUGUGGAAGCUCAGCUCUGCUGGCAAGGUGCUCGACACUUGGUUUGGCAAGACCAUCGUCAAGUCUUGUGCCAAGGUGUCGUACGAGGAUGCUCAAAAGGUAAUCGACAACCAAGUGAUUGCAUCGAUUGCUGAAGACGAUAUCCGUACAGGUGUGGAGCAGGAUAUCCGCAUGCUCUAUGCCAUUACUCAACAGCUCAACGAGGCUCGUCGUCACGCUGGCGGUAUGGCCCAAAUGCGCGAUGAAUUGGACUUUGUCUUUAGCGAGCAGCGUGAGCCAUUGUCCAUCGGUAUCAAGGCCAAGGACCACACUACCAUCAUCUCUGAGGAACUCUUGUUGCUUGCCAACCAAAGCGUUGCUCAAAAGAUCUCCAGCCAGUUCCCUGAACAGGCGCUGUUGAGACGCCAUGCACCGCCCAACGAACGCAAGAUUCGCGAAUUGCAAGAAUAUGCAACCAAGCACUUGGGCGUGCCAAUCGACAUUUCAUCUGCUAAAGCCAUUGAAAGAACGAUCGAGUCGAUUCAAGACCCUCACCUCCGUAAGAUCAUGUCUAUUAUUGUACUCAAGACGCUCCAACCACCAAAGUACUUCUGUACCGGCACCCUGGAUAUUAUGAAGUACUCCCACUACGCACUCAAUGUGCCCCUCUUUACCCACUUUACUUCCCCUUCCCGCCGCUUCACCGACUUGAUUGUCCAUCGCCAGCUCGAAACUGCAUUGACUGGCGAGAAGCGCUUCUACCUCGACCGCGACACUGUCCAGAAACUGGCCCAGCACACCAAUGUCAAGAAAGAAGCUGCGCUCUAUGCCCGCGAUCAGAGCCACAUGCUGUUCUUGGCCGUCUACUUGAGCAAGCGCGGUGUCCACAAGCCCGACGCUGUGAAUGGCGAUCUCAUUGUUGUUCGCAAGGAGGCUAUUGUCGUGGCCGUCUCAGACCAGUACUUUGAUGUCAUGAUCCCAAGCGUCAAUCUCGAGCGUCGUAUCCAUCUGGCCAACUUGCCCGUCUGGCGCGCCAACUAUGAUGCUCAGAAGCGUCAAUUGACCAUGUUUUGGAAGAAGGGAAUGGAUACCACCACUGGCAAGCAGCGUCAUUGGAGCUUGUCCGACGACGAAGAUGAUGAUUUGGAUGAAGAUGCCUUGUUGGAAGAAAUGCGGGAAGGUGGCUCGCCUCCCUCAACUGCUGUCCCCUCAUCUGCAUCGUCAUCAUCAGAAGCAGCAGCAGCAGCAACGACGACGUCGAACGGCACUACUACUACUACUACUACCACAUCUACAGCAUCUACACCAACACCAAACGGUAGCGAUGCUACUCAGCAGCAACAGCAGCAGGCAAUCAACAAUAAUACCCAGCCUGUAUCGAUCACCCCCUCACCUUCAGUGUCGAAGCGUGCAUCCAUGCUCCAUGCCCGUCUGUCUGACAGUACGGGCUACAGUACCGACCAAGGCACACAGACGAUCCAAGCAUUGGACAAGAUCCAAGUUCUUGUUACUGUUGAGAUGAUCAAGACUCCACCUCUUAUCCGCAUUUUGGGCGACAACCCUUACGCUUAAAGAGACGAAAUGCCUUUUAUCUAGGCGCACGAACACAAGGAUAUCUCUCUCUCUCUUAUUCUCUUUACAUAAUUGCCUCCAUUUGUAACUUUUUUUCUUUCUAUUUUUGUUGUAUUGAACCUACUUAGUGCUAUUUAUCUCUUUUCUUUUUUGAACCACUACAUAUACAAACUGUGUAUCUUUUACAAAGAAAAUUUACGGGUCACCACAUUUUUAUAUCCUCGUUGUAUUUUACUAUCCCCCAACCAACCGAUUUCUUUCUUUUCGUGUUAUUUUUUUCCCUUUAAAAAACAAAAUUUUUCCUGUAAAACUCGAAUAUAUUAUAUAUUUUUGAUAUAAAUGAAAUGACGGUAUGCCUUUUUAUACCAAAGGUGUAGCACAUAAAGUAUGAUCAAUGAUG